UGUCUUUCACUUCACGGUAUCACUGUAACUGAGUUGCUCUGAAACUACAUUUAUCUCUGAGUUUCUUCUUCUUUUCUUACUUUCUUUCUCUGAAUCAACAAUGACGAGGCAUGGGUUUGUUAAGAUUUUGAUACUAAGUUUGGUAUUGAGUACUGUUUUCGUUACUCUAGUGAAAUCUGCAAAGUUUGAUGAGUUGUUUGAACCAAGUUGGUCUUUAGAUCAUGUUGUUUACGAAGGAGAACAGCUUAAACUUAAGCUUGAUCAUUCAUCAGGUGCUGGAUUUGGGUCGAAAAGCAAAUAUCUGUUUGGAAAAACAACAGUACAGAUUAAACUAGUGGAGGGAGAUUCUGCUGGAACUGUUACUGCGUUCUAUAUGUCAUCAGACGGUCCAAAACACAAUGAGUUCGAUUUUGAGUUCUUAGGAAACACAACUGGUGAACCUUACCUAGUUCAAACCAACAUUUACAUUAAUGGAGUUGGAAACAGAGAAGAAAGACAGAGUCUUUGGUUUGAUCCUAGUAAAGAAUUUCAUUCUUACUCUAUCCUCUGGAAUCAACAUCAAGUCGUUUUUCUAGUGGAUGAAACACCGAUACGCGUAUACUCGAACAAGGAGAAAAGAGGGGUACCAUUCCCAAAAGAUCAACCCAUGGGUGUAUAUAGUUCAAUAUGGAAUGCAGAUGAUUGGGCAACACAAGGUGGAAGGGUAAAAACCGAUUGGACCCACGCUCCAUUUGUUUCCUCGUACAAGGGUUUUGAAAUCGACGGUUGUGAAUGCUCCAUCACAACCACCGCUGAUCAAAAUCAGAAGAAAUGUAGUAGUGCUACUAGUUCUGGUUCUGGUUCUGGUUCUGGUUCUAGUUCUACUUCUAGUGGAGUAACAACUCAGAAGGCUAAAUAUUGGUGGGACGAACCCAUUAUGUCUGAGCUAAACAUGCAUCAACAUCAUCAAUUAUUGUGGGUUCGAGCUAACCAUCAAAUUUAUGAUUACUGUACUGAUAAGACUAGAUUUCCAGUCACGCCUCUUGAAUGUGAGCAUCGUCCGUGAUCAAGUUUCUGCCCUGGGAAAAGAUGUUGGAAUUAUGGUUUGGAUUAGGAUGGGGAGGAAGUAUGGACUAUGGAAUGUUAUCGGUGUGGGUUUUGUAAAGAAAAAGAUGAACAUGAGCUUCAUGUUUCUGUAACUUCUGUUAAGAACAACUUUUGUUUUUAGGCUUUUCUUUGUUUUUUUUGGUUAUUGUACCGUAGAUGUAAGAUAUUCAAUAAUAGAAAGUAGUUUUGGAUCUUUUCUUUGCUA